AUGGAAAGUCUUCGUCAAGAUGCGCUGAGACUUUCUGUAGAACCUAAUGGAAAAAUGUUACUAUCCUUUUUAGGUGAAAUUUACAUGACCAAGGCUCAACCAUAUUUAGGAGAAAUUUAUCUAAAAGUGCCAAGCAUUAAAUAUUCUAGUCUUUUUAACAAUUUUAUGUUUAUGAUGGGCAUGGUCUCUGGAUUCUUUGUGGUUAAAACUAGAAAUAAAAUGAACCAGGAUGAGAAAUAUCUUCUAUCGCUUGUGAAUACUGUGAUCAAAUUCUAA